AUAGCGCACUAUGACAAAGCUGCGACGCCGCGGCCAUAUUUCCCGCAACCACCAGUCCACCACCCACACUCGCUCCACACCGUCGAAUUUACCAAAAUAGCCUCCAAUUCCGCUCGAAUUCCCCUCUUUAGCCCUCGAUCUGCCGCCUCGCUUUCGCCGGAGAACUAAUCGUCCACUUCAUCGGAAUAGAUGCCGGAAUCUAGCCCCGCGCCGCCGGAGGAGACCGCCGCUAAGUCGCCGCUCGACAAGCCGCUCCACCUGCUCACGGAGGAUGACAUUGCUCAGGUCACUCGCGAAGACUGCCGCCGUUACCUCAAGGAGAAAGGAAUGAGGAGGCCUUCGUGGAACAAGUCUCAGGCGAUUCAGCAAGUGAUAAUGCUCAAGACGCUCCUCGAAUCGACGCCGGAUUCGGACGCUGCUGGUGCGCGCAAGCGCCUCCGCAUUUCGCGCCCUAACAAUACCGAUAUCAGCAGCAAUGUUGCUAUGGAGAGUGUUCCUAGAGGAACAACUGCAGAGGCGGAGAAUUCUUUAUCCGCUGAGGAAACGACGCCGCAUUCUGUGAAAGAUCUCGACAAACCUGAUUCUUCGGGUGGUUUGUCUACGUUUGCCGCCGCAAAGGAUGAAUCUGCUCAGCUUAGAACCCCAGGUUCGAGAAAUAUGCCUAUCGGCCAAAUGACAAUAUUCUAUUGUGGCAAAGUGAAUGUGUAUGAUGAUGUCCCCGCAGAUAAGGUACGGGCAUUAAUGCAUAUUGCUGCAAGUCCUCUACAGGUUCCGGAUGAACAGCUAGUUGAUGGUUCUGUAGGACUGCAACCUUUACCGUGCAUCCCGAAAACCGUUAGCUCUUCUCAUCAGGAUUCAGCUGUUCUUAUCUUGCCAACUCUCCCAGCAGAGAAAAUAAAUGAAAGCACCUCACUGCCUGGAGAAGAAACAAAAAAGCUCGAAGAAACCCCUGUGGAAGGACCGUCAACCAGAAAAGCAUCUGUACAAAGAUACCUUGAGAAGAGAAAAGACAGGUGAAGGUUUAAGAGCAAGGGAAAGGCAGGAAUGGCCUCGUGUGCAAGCUUGGAUGAUUAUAUUAACCAUCGAAUGGGUAAUCAACUGCCAAGAAUUGACACUUCAAUAACCCGAAUCAGAAAACCUUCUAACCUUACACG